GCGCAGGUGAGCCUCCGCGCAACCCGCAGGCGGCGUCCGCCCAGUGACUGCCCCGAGGCUGCGUGGGAGCAGGUCGGGACUGGAAGAGCCCCAGCCUGAGGGCUACCUCCUUCCUGGACACCCAGCUCCGCAGGGCUCAGGAAGGCGUCCUCCUCACCACCAUCUCGUCUAGUGAGCCACCCGAAAGCUGAGAUGAAGUCGGGCAGUGUUCAGCCUGCAGUAGCUGUAGCAGGUCAAACGAUGCCCAGCAUCCCAACCAUGUGAGCGCCUUUGUUUUGUAUCUGAAAAAGGAAGGGGAGUGGGACCGAGGGAUGAAGAGCAAGCUCCACGUGUGAAGGCGGCGCCUCACAAUUGAUGACUUUGAAAUCGGGCGUCCUCUCGGCAAGGGAAAAUUUGGGAAUGUGUACCUGGCUCGGCUCAAGGAAAGCCAUUUCAUUGUGGCCCUGAAAGUCCUCUUCAAGUCCCAGAUAGAGAAGGAAGGACUGGAACACCAGCUGCGCAGAGAAAUUGAAAUCCAGGCACAUCUACAACACCCCAAUAUCCUACGCCUGUACAACUACUUCCAUGAUGCACGCCGGAUGUACCUGAUUCUAGAAUAUGCUCCAAGGGGUGAGCUCUACAAGGAGCUGCAAAAGAGCCACACAUUAGACGAACAGCGUACAGCCACGGUAAUGGAGGAGUUGGCAGAUGCUCUGACCUACUGCCAUGAAAAGAAGGUGAUUCAUAGGGAUAUUAAGCCGGAGAACCUGCUGCUGGGGUUCAGGGGUGAGGUGAAGAUUGCAGACUUUGGCUGGUCUGUGCACACCCCCUCUCUAAGGAGAAGGACAAUGUGUGGGACACUGGACUACUUGCCUCCAGAAAUGAUUGAGGGGAGAACAUACAAUGAGAAGGUGGAUCUAUGGUGCAUUGGGGUGCUCUGCUACGAGCUGCUGGUGGGAAAUCCGCCCUUUGAGAGCCCCUCCCAUAAUGAGACCUACAGACGCAUCCUCAAGGUAGAUGUAAGGUUUCCCCCAUCAAUGCCUUUGGGGGCUCAGGACUUGAUCUCCAAGCUUCUCAGAUACCAGCCCUCGGAGCGGUUGCCCUUGGUCCAGAUCUUGGAGCACCCAUGGGUCCGGGCCCACUCUCGGAGGGUGCUGCCCCCAUCUGCUCAAAUGGUUUCCUGAGCCCUGUAUACCCCUAAUCCUUUGUGAUUGCUCAUGGAGCACCCCUGGCUCUGGUAGCUACUCUGUCUUUUGUUUCUUCUCUUUUAAGAUGCAUUUUGCUAAUUAAUAAAAGCUGAGUCAUUUUGUACCUGG